UUUUUGAAAGACGUGGAAAAAACCCGUAGCUUUCCAAACGGGGAGGAGCGACUGCACCACGGGUAUGACAGCGAGGAGGGAGGCAGCCUCCUGUGUUGAAACAUUAUUACUUAUAGGCGUCAUUUAACAGCGGACUGUUAGAGGUAUCCAGUUUGUCGGCCUGGGGAUGCUCGUCGUUACCAGGCUCUGAGGCGAACUCGCCGAAAAGGGUUUACGAAAUAUUCCGUCUCGAUGGCCAGCUAGCAUAACAAAGCUAACUACCGUUAGCCGCUGGAGCCGGAGAAGUGAAGAGCCUAAGAGGGGAAUAGCAUGAGUGCCCUCGGAUAGCCCUUACAGAAGAAACGACCACCGUAAAGAGUCAACCUGUUCAAAAUUUCUUUACCUUUCUAAAUCACAGCUGCAGACAGAUCCUGAAGCAUGACGAUCGUCGGUGUUGCCGUAAUCCCCAUCAUGGUGCAGAAAUACCAGUCACCUGUGCGGGUCUACAAGCAUCCCUUUGAGCUGGUGAUGGCGGCUUAUGAGCGCCGUUUCCCCACAUGUCACCUCAUCCCCAUGUUUGUGGCGAGUGACAUCGUAAAUGAGGAGACCAGCGAGGAUGGUUCCACCCAGAAGAUUGAGCGCCGCUGUGCCCUGGAUGUGGAUGCCCCACGCCUUCUCAAAAGGAUUGCAGGUGUAGACUACGUCUACUUCAUCCAGAAAAACACGCUGAACCGAAAGGAGAGGACUCUGCACAUUGAGUCCCAUAAUGAGACCUUCUCCAACAGGGUCGUCGUCCAUGAGACAUGCUGCUAUUCGGUCCACCCAGAGAACGAAGACUGGACGUGUUUUGAGCAAACCGCCAGUCUGGACAUCAAGUCCUUCUUCGGCUUUGAGAGCACCGUGGAGAAGAUUGCUAUGAAGCAGUAUGCCAGCAGUAUCAAAAAGGGAAAAGAAAUCAUAGAAUUCUACCUAAAGGAGUUGGAGGAUGAGGGCGUCACUCACGUGCCCCGCUGGAGUCCCUCCUCUCAUUCCCUGCCUCUCUCCAGCCCUACCAGCCUCUCUGCGAUCCAACCUGACCCUGCAGUCAUACCCGCCGUUUCAGUCCCGCUGGCCACAGAUGCCAAAGAUGGUACCUCGCAGGAUGCAAAGCAGGACAGCAGCAUGCUUCAGACAGACAGCCUUGUAGAGAUCCUGGCGGGUACACCUGAAGACAAGCUGGAUGCAGACUAUAUCAAACGUUACCUGGGUGACCUGACGCCCCUGCAGGAGAGCUGUCUGAUCAGACUGCGCAAGUGGCUCCAGGAGACACACAAGGGAAAGAUCCCUAAAGAUGAGCACAUCCUGCGUUUCCUGCGGGCCAGAGAUUUCAACAUUGAUAAAGCACGGGAGAUCCUGUGCCAGUCUCUGACCUGGAGGAAGCAGCACCAGGUGGACUACCUGCUGGAAACCUGGAGCUCUCCACAGGUUCUCCAGGACUACUACACCGGUGGAUGGCACCACCAUGACAGAGACGGCCGUCCUUUGUACAUCCUGAGGCUCGGCCAGAUGGACACCAAAGGGUUGGUGCGCGCUCUCGGGGAGGAGUCUCUGCUCAGACAUGUUCUUUCCAUCAAUGAGGAGGGUCUGAGACGCUGUGAAGAGAAUACAAAGGUGUUUGGUCGACCCAUCAGCUGUUGGACAUGUCUAGUAGAUUUGGAGGGGCUGAACAUGCGUCACCUGUGGCGACCGGGAGUCAAGGCGCUACUGAGGAUCAUCGAGGUCGUGGAGGCCAAUUACCCUGAGACUCUGGGACGCCUGCUUAUACUAAGAGCUCCAAGAGUCUUUCCUGUCCUUUGGACACUGGUGAGCCCAUUCAUUGACGAAAACACCCGCAAGAAGUUCCUGAUCUACGCAGGCAAUGACUAUCAGGGUCCUGGAGGUCUCGUGGACUACAUCGACAAGGAGAUCAUUCCUGAUUUCCUCGGAGGAGAGUGUAUGUGUGAGGUACCAGAGGGCGGCCUGGUUCCCAAGUCCAUGUACCGCACAGCUGAGGAGGUCGAGAAUGAGGACAUCCGUCUGUGGACUGAGACGAUCUACCAAAGCGCCAGCAUCUUCAAGGGAGCUCCACAUGAGAUUGUGAUUGAGAUCAUCGACGCCUCCUCAGUCAUCACCUGGGAUUUUGACGUGUGCAAAGGUGACAUUGUUUUCAACAUCUACCAUUCAAAGCGGGCCCCUCAGGCACCACGUAAAGAUACCCUGGGAGCCCACGGCAUCACCUCCCCGGGAGGCAACAACGUCCAGCUCAUUGAUAAGUCCUGGACGCUGGGCCAAGAUUACAGCAUGGUGGAGUCUCCACUCACCUGCAAGGAGGGCGAGAGUGUGCAGGGCUCCCACAUAACCAGGUGGCCCGGUUUCUACAUCCUCCAGUGGAAGUUCCACAACAUGCCGGCCUGCUCGGCCACCAACCUGCCCCGAGUGGACGACGUGCUCGCCACCCUGCAGGUCUCCUCACACAAGUGUAAAGUCAUGUACUACACUGAGGUGUUGGGCUCUGAGGACUUCAGAACGGCUUGCUGUGAUGUGCAGAGUUUGGGAUCGAUGACCAGCUUGGAGUCGAGUCACAGCGGCUUCUCUCAGCUCAGCGCCGCCACCACCUCCUCCAACCAAUCCCAGUCCAGCUCCAUGAUCUCCAGGUAGAAACAGGUAGCGGAGGACUUCAGUUCACAAAAUCCCACAUCCACUGCCCAUACCGUUAACACGGACGCCAACUUCUUUUCCUACCCCCCAUACCCUUAAACCAUCAUCUUUGGACUCUGUUCCUAUUGCACAGCCAGUCUCUGUGGAACUGAUGCAUGCUUGCACAAACAGAAGACAAAGAAUUAAAAAAUUCUGAGGCAAAAAGAAAAAAUAUAAACUAUAUGUACAAUUUAAAGGGCUGAUUCUUUUGCACAAAAGGUCAUAUAUAUUUUUUGUGCCCGGCAUCUCUGCCGGGCAGGAGCUUGAAUAGGACCAUCAGCAGAAUGUUUGCGUCGUGUGUUGUGCACGGUGGCGAGGUCAAAGGUCAGGAGGAGAUGAACAGCACCUCGAGGCACCGUAAGCUGAAAGAAAGAAGCAAUAUUCUCAUCCUAGGAGCUACAGAACCGGAUGAAGACACUGGAGGCGCUGUUACAUAUAUGCAUUUACACGUGUGCACACACACACACACAGUACUGAGGCGACGCAUACCUCAUUCAUGUGUGUUAGCAGAUAAAGACUGGAUGAGCUGUUACAUACGAACACCACUCACGCACAAACGCACACGAGGACUUUUGACAUGCAAAAACUGAUAGUUUGCCAUAUUGUUACUGGAGGGUUUAUUGUCUCUUGUGAGCUCAAGUAGGUCAAGUGUGGGUGGGUGAAUGGGUGGGGUGAACAUCUUUAAUAGAUCUGGGUCAAAUAACGUCUGCACGGAGCUCUCUGAAUCACGACAGCACAGGUGUCAGUAACGUUGGCAGCUGACAGGUGAGAUCUUCCUUGCAUGCUCCUCCGGCUCACUUGAGCUUUCUGACAUUCGUUGCGUUGCCGUACAGGUUGCGUUCACACCUUUUUGAAUAUUUGACCCAGAUCUGACUCUUAGCGAAGUAAAUCCGCUAGAAGCAAUAACACGAGUUUGACUUCCUACUGUGUAAAAUAUUUCUGUUGAACGUGACGACGUAUGAGGAGGAUCACGUACGGUGGCCCCAAGGUGCAAAACGCAAGAACAAAAAUGAAAAACACAUUUCAGGAAACAGGAUGACGAAACUGAAUACCAACAACAUUUCUGAAAACAGGACAUUUCAUAUGUUUUUGUUUUUGAAAUGACAGAACCUAAACACCUGAUGACGGGGUGAUGUCACUUCCUGUUUCUGUUCUACUUUUGUUUGCAUGAAUUUCAAGUUUGAAAGGACGGAAGGAGAGAGUGAACCCUGACGGGGACUAAACAAAGGACAUUCAGAAUUAGGACCAGACAAAUAAUUGCUGGUAUUGUUUCUACUUCGGCUACAAUCAUAACCAGCAUGCACACACCGGCCUCAAUCUGCAGUCUUUCCAGGGUGCAGUUCUGCUGAAAGCAUUUCAAGAAGUACACCAUACGGUCGUCCUUUGACUUUGGUUCUGGUCUUUCAAAAACAAAAAUGUCUUUGCCUCUUUCUGAAGAGUGAAAUGUCCUUUUUAAAUCAGCGUUGCACCUCUGGGCCGCAGUCAUCACGGGUGCUGAUUGCAGAUCAACUUUUUCUUGUACAGACGGGCAAAACCGAGUGAGCAAACAACAAAACUCUGUGGCGCCACCGUUUCUUAUCUACAGAUAUUUUGUCAGGAGAGAAACAAAAUAAUUUGCCAGAUUUUCUCCUCGACACGUCUUGUCGUCACAGUAAGGAUGCACUGACUGUGAAAUUUUAGGCCGAUAUCCAGCGCUGACGCUGAUAUCUUUGUUUUAUUUUUGUGCCAGGGGGAACCCCCCCCCAAAAAAAAAAUCUUUAUAAAAAAAACAAACCUGUUUUAGCUCUUCAUGGCACAAUUUUUGAACAUUUAGCCAGCUCAGAGUCAGUAAUGCCAUCUUAUCUGCUGAUACCUGGCUCAUUCAUCGGUGCAUCCCUACCUCAUGCAUUGAGUAUGUAUUAUAAUCUUAACGUGGAACGACCACAGUUAGUUCGCUUUCUGUCGAGCUUCUGCACAUUUGAGGAACUCAAGUUAAGUGAAGCGGUCAAGGAGAGGCCUUGUCACUGAAUGGUGAAUGUGCUACUGAUUGGCUAGCGCUCGCUAACCAAUGAAAUGCCUGCAUCUGGAGGGUUGCGGCGAGCUGGGCGGAGCUGCCGCCAUUGCUUUUCGCAGAGUGACGUAGAUUUCAGUGUGCUUUAGGGGUGAAUGUUUCUUUGUGAGUUAUCAUUUGACGGCGCGCCAGUAGACCACAUCGAUACUGUACAAGUGCUAGUGUUGGUUUGUUUGUGUUUUGCUUUUCUUUUGGAGACGUUUGAUGGGUGAAGCGGCGUGGCGGGUUACCGCAUGCUCAAAUGGUGAUUGGGCUUAUGGGUCUCUUAUUUAAGAUUUAAGAUAUAGCCAUUUUAAGAGCCAUGUGUCAAUAAAUAAUACCAUUUUAGCCUUUGUAAGCGUCACUUAGUCACCACUGUAAUAGAUGAGUGAUCGUGAGUCGAAUGAACAUUUCAUUUUUUUAAAAAAAUAUACUUUAUUUGGUUGACGAGCACUGAUGACUUCGCACAGAUCUGACUCCCUGUCGAGGGCAGAAAUGAUCAACUUUGCCAAGAGUCAUUGGGUGCUGUUGCCAUGGUUACAGUGUGCAGCUGACAGCAACGGCAAAAAAAAAUAAAAUAAAUAAAUAAAUAAGGGUUUUCCUCAUGCAUAUAUAUAUAUACACAUAGAUGCCACAUCGGUGGCCGCUCGCCACUGCGACGAGUCAAAGCGGCUGCCGUGUUGCUCAGGGGGAGCCCGGCCUCCCGCUGCGCACCGUCACAGGUCGUUGGAACUCGCUGAAUGUUCGACAGAUGUUCGAGCAGCUUGGGUUGUUACAAAACUGUAUUUAUUGAUACGAGUACUGUAACAGUGUUAUAAAUAAUGUUUAAAACUCAUGUUGCAAUCCUGCAGCUGCUUCUUUGUGACACUCCGCUGUGAAACGUGACUCCAGAACUGUAACGUGUUUACUGUCAAAGUCUGACUUGAGAGGAAAGCUGCAGGUAAUCCGUGCAGCCUCGUCCUCGCCGCUGCGCAGAGUCCCCGAAGGAGAACGAGUCCACCUGAUCUGCAGGUUUCUGGAGCUACGGCUCAGGUGUCGACCAGAAUGUGUUGGAGCACUCCGAACGAUCUAAUAUUAUUUAACAUCUUUCUGAUCUUUGUGUCUUCGCCUGACGUGAGGCCGUGUUAGCUCGGGACUGCUUUUUGGCAUACCAGAUUAAAUACAUUAGUAACAGUAACAGCGGGUUCCCAUCUGUGGAAAGUUACUGUGUUGCUUAUUUUUAGCAUUUCUUUCAUUGGAGCAUCAAAAAUAAGUUUUUUUUUUAUUAUUGUUAUAGGAAUGGGUGACCGGAAAUACUCAGACACCCCCUCCCCCCACCCCCCAUGAGCAUGUAAGCUGGCAUCUGUGUGUAUAUCUGAGCUUUUCCUCCUAAAAAUAAGGACCCUGCCUGUUAUUUGAUACAUGAAACUGCUUAUAUUUAAUAGUUACUGGUUAACUUGUGGUAUCUACAUGUCAUUAACUGCAAUAACAUGAAAUGUUUUACUGAGUGGACCUCCUUGUAAUGAGGGCUACAGGUGUGUGUUUGAUGGUGUAAAGGGGUGAAUGUCAGCUGUAGUUUGGGUGUUCUCCACUCUCAUCUCUUCCUGGUCUAAAGCAGCACAGGAGAUUUGAUCUCCGUCUCUUCACAGGUUCGAACCUGGCGACCGCUUUCUUUCCUUUUUCUCUUCACUUUCACGCUCCAGCUUUGCUGCUCUCAUCUGCUCUCAUUGCGUAGAUCUUAGAAAGGCGAGUGGACCUUUUUGAUUGAAGCCAUAGGCAUGAAAAAAAAAGUGUGCUCAGAUGUGUUUUUUCUUUCAUUUCCAUUUCACUUCAUUCUCUCAAACACCUGAAAUUUCACCUGCACCUCUGACUUUAGCUCUUAGAGCAUGAACACCUUUCAUCAUCAUCAUCAUCAUCAUCUCACUGAAAUAUGAGGGCUAUAACUGUCUGUUUGGACUGUUCAUCACAUCACAUCUGUCAGUCUCUCUGCUCCCUGUUCUGACACCACUGCAUAUCUUUACCUUCAUCUGAGAUAUUGUGUAAAAAAAAGGAUGUUUGGAUUCAUGGGAAAAUGGCGCCUUUACAUUUUUUUUUUUUCUCUCAACAUUAAACUUGAAUUAUAAGAAA